AUGCACCCUACCGGACUACUCACCUCUUGCCUCCUAGCCGGCUCCGCCGCCGCCAUUGGCGUACCAGCUGCAGCAGCCGAAAUCCCAAUCGACUGGCAUCUAAGAAGAUCCCAGCUUGCCGAACCAGUCUCAGCAUCAUGCGUGCAAGCCUGCGCCCAGCUUUCCGCCACAUUCCCUCCCUCCCGCUUCCACUACCCAGAAAACGACACAACUUUUGCAAUCUGGGACGCCAAACAGCAAGAAGUCCGCCCAGCAUGCCGCGUCGAACCCAUCACCGCGCCCGACGUCUCCCUCACCCUCAAGACCCUCGUCGAUAGUUGGUGCCACUUUGCCGUCAAGGGCGGCGGCCACUCACGUAACGCGGGCGAUUCCAACUCCAUUGCCGGCGUCACUAUCGACCUCGACCGCAUGAACUCUGUCGAAGUCGUCGGUAACGGCACCGAAGCCCCCACGCGUGCUAGGAUCGGCGGUGGCGCGACGGUGAUUCAGGUCUAUCAAGCUCUCGAGGGGCGGCGGUUGUCCUACGUGGGUGGCCGGUCCGCGACUGUUGGUAUCGGCGGGUUCACGCUCGGCGGGGGAACGUCGCCUUUCUCGAGUCGGUACGGCUGGGCUUUGGAUAACGUUUACGACCUCAGAACAAGCAGCCCGGACCUCUACUUCGCCCUCCGCGGCGGCAGCAACAACUUCGCCAUCGUCACAGCCUUCACCGUCCGCGUCUUCCCGCAAGAUGCCGUAUCCAGCCAGCGCGCAACAUACACCUCCGCAAACACAACCGAGCGUGCCCUCGACGCCAUCUACGACCUCUUCACGAACCCCCAGCUCACCGCCGACAUGGACAUGGCCUAUGACUUCUAUUACAUUCACAACCAAGCCUCGGGCGCCUUCUCGCUCAUGGGGUCGGAGUGGUACGCUGACCCGGCGGUCGCAGAGCCGGCGGUCUUCAGGGCUAUUCGUAGUGUUCCCUCGACAACGAGGACCGCGAGGUUGGGGUCCAUGGCGAAUCUUACUGGGACGCUGCAGCCGCCUGUCUUAGGUACCACGCGCCACCUCUUCGGCACAAUUAGCACCCUCCCCUCUCGAGCCCUUCUCACCCAGGCUUUUGCAAUCUUCAGAAAAGAAGUCUCCGCAAUCUCCAGCGUCGAAGGCCUGGCCCCGAACCUCAUCUGCUACCCUCUCUCGACGACCGCCAUCCAGGCGAUGAAGCAACGCGGCGGCAACGCACUCGGCAUCGACCAAGAUGAGCCACUCUACAUCUUCCUCGUCUCAACAGCCUGGUCCAACGCCCAAGACGACGCAGCCGUGGAAACAAUGACGGCAAACGUCCUCUCCCGCAUGGAAACCUACGCCCAAGAGUCUGAGAUCUCGCACCCUUACCUGUACAUCAACUACGCGUCCGCAGCGCAGACGGACAAGGUCUAUGCCGGGUACGGCGAGGAGAAUGUGCGUCGGCUCAAGACUAUCUCUCGCGAGGUCGAUCUGGAAGGUGUCUUCUUGUCUGAGGGUCUCUGGCGUGGGUUUGUCAAGUUGUUGUGA